UUGACUUGACUUGGUUGUGUCGACUGCAGUAUUUUCAAAAGUUGACAUACAAAUUUAAAAAUUUGGUCCUGAUAUGCCUUUUUUGAAAAGAAUAGUCCAAAAUGCAGUGCAGAACGUGUUUACAAAAAUUGACAUGUCGUAGGUUGCCCCUUAAAAUGAGAGUAUCCUUUGGGAAAACUGUGGAAGAAAUACUACAAUUUUUUAUCCCAGGAAUGGUUAAAUCGAAUUUGGUCGACGAUUUCAUAUGCCCUAGUUGCCUGGAUGCCAUAGAGGUAUUUCUGAAGUUUAUUAAAAAAUGUAUGGACGUUGAAAAUUUCUUAAAAGGGGAGAUUGUCAAACAGAAGCAAGCACAACACAAUGUUGAUGUUUCAGACUUGGAAAAUGAAAAUCGAGUUAAAGAGGGUACAAGUGUUAAUCGAAACAACGUAAAUUAUGACAACUUGAAGAAGAAAUUGAGGGAUCGGCUGGAUGAAUUAUUGAAAGAUCCAGCUCGAGAUAGAGAAAGAUCGAGAAAGGGACUGCAGCUGCCUUUCAACGAAGAGAUAGGUUUUAUAAAACCGCAGAAGACUUACCCUUGUAAAAAACGGAGUCCUCAAAGAUCACCUGCCAAAGAGCUGCUACUUGAAAUUCCUGGAUCAGAUUCUGAUGCAACACCAAUUUCGAAUCCUAAGAUCUCUCCCGAGGAUAUAACCGUCGCUUCCGAAAGACAGAAGGACGUUACUUCUACUUUUGUAGGGGGAAGUGCGAGUGCGAUAUGCGAAUCGUGUGGUGAGAAACUUAUUUCUGAUAGUUGUAGUAACACGAAAUGUGCCAAUUGUAAGUCAAAAAAAGAUGUUCAAACGGAAGGAAAUACAAAACGUACAGAAAAUCCGUUGAUUUUUAAAAACAAUCCGUACAUCGAACUUGGAGAAGCCAACACGAACAGGCCAAAAAUGUACUCAACGGUCAUCUCAGAAAACGGCACCUCUUUGAAAAUAGUCCUCCCAGCAGCAUCUCGUUCAAUCGUUCGUAAUACCAGUCGCGUAGUAAGUAUCGUCACGAACGAAUCGAAAUCCGACUUCCUAAAAAACUGUUUCCAACACAUCAACUUGGUGAGGGUACGUUCGCAGCAUGAAACGAACCCGAAACGAAUACUCUUCCUUGGCGACGCCCUCCAUUGUUGUCCGGAGUGUAAGGAAUGGUUUCCGUUGAAACAGUCCCUGAGGGCACAUUUCAAGGUGGCACAUCCGGGCUGCCGGUACACAUCUCACCCUAAAACGCUCAAAGUGUCUAAGGAUUGUCCGGUCUGUAACGAGAAGUUUGGCACGCACUUGAUGUUAGAGAACCACGUUGUCCUUCAACAUAAGGAAUCGUAUCUUUAUAACUGCGACAUGUGUAGGAGGAAAUUCAAGAGGUUCUUUAGUUACAAGGAGCACCUCAAGAGCUAUGAGUUGUACGGGGACUGCACCGUUAAAAAGUGCCCCAUCUGCGAACAGUUGGUUAACAAGGCCUCGUACUUGAAGCAUUGCAAGACCCACCAGACCAUCAAGUGCGACCUUUGUAAGAGCAAGUUCAUGUCCCGCGCUCGUUUCAACGCCCACCGGUCGAAGCACCAAACCUGUGGACUAGCCGUAGAGAAAGAGAAAGCUCUUUGUCCCGUCUGUGGCGAAUUGGUGACCCGUGGGGCUCCGCUGCGAAUCCACAUAGAAAAUCACACGGAGACCCGUAGUUAUCUCUGCGACAAAUGUACAAAGUCCUUCAAGACGAACGGCAGCCUUCUUAGGCACAUCGAAAAGGUGCACAUAGAUGGUAAACGGUACGAGUGCCCGAUAUGUAAGGCAACGGCGAAACACAUGUAUUCGUUGAGGUACCACAUGCGGUUGAAGCACAUCCAAGCUUAUUCCUACGUGUGUGACAAAUGCGGGAAAGGUUUUUCCCGUACCGACUACUUCCAGAGACACAUUAAAAGUCACUUGGACGCAAAAUGUGGCGAUUCCGGCGAUCGACGAAGGAAAUACCGUUACAUCCCGCCAAAUUCAACCGACCUGGCCAUCUCUUGCAAGUAUUGCAAUAUGAGGUUUACUCACGUUCAUAAGCUUCGGGUGCACCUGCUCCAUAAACACUUGACGAAUUCCGAGAGGCCCAAGUGUCUGUACUGCGACAUGACGUUCUCGAAUAUCAGGAAUAGGAUCAGGCACGAGAAGAGACAUAGAGAUCCCAAGGCGUUCGAGUUGACCUGUAACGUUUGUUACAAUCGGUUCGGGAGUAAGGCGGAUCUGGACGCCCAUUCCGCUAAGCAUAAGGAGUCGCAGAAGCGGGUAUGCGAGAUUUGCGGGGAGACGUUUCCGAGUAAGUAUUUCCUGCAACACCACGUGGGGGAGAAGCACUUCGACAAGGCGAAGGUUAAAAACGAGAAGAGCGCUCUGUUGAAGGAAGGUUUGAGUCAUGUGAUUAUAAAGCCAGCCUUCGAACAGCCUAAAAUCAAUGUACAAUUGUAUAGAAGUAACAGUAAACAAGGGAAUAUUAUAAAUACCCCUUUUUUAGCUGGAGAAUCAGCAGAUUGGUUACAUGGAGUUCGGGCUCCUUGUAUAGUCUCCAUGCUACAAACUAUGAACAGUGCCUCCUGUCGUUGUUUUGUGCCGGGAUGUCCAAAUUCAGAAGAAAAUUUAACGGAUGCAACAUUCCACGAAUUUCCCGAAGAAUUACAAGGAGAAUGGCUCACAGCAAUAGGUAGAAACAGAGAUACUUACAUCCUACAUGAGCUUGUCUGCUCAGAACAUUUUGAAAGCAACGACUUUGAAUGUUACGAUUCGAUUAAGAUAUUGAAGCAAAACGCACUACCCACUUUAAAUCUACCUGUAGAGCCUGACACACCUUCAUUUACACCGAAACCCCAGGUGAAAGUCAUCACGGGUAAAGAAAUAAAACAGUUAGUUGAAAAAUACAAUUCUCUUGAGAAGAGCAAGCCUAUAGAAAUGUCAAGCAAAGCCGUUUGCACUGUGCUCAAUCCUAGCUCAGACGAAAGUUGUAAAUAUGAGACCGCACAAUUAAACACAAUUAAGGUGAUAGUUGUUACUGAUAAAUCGCAAGAGCAAUCAGGUGGAUUGAGUGUAGCUGAAGACACAGCGAAUCUGUUGGAAUGGAGCGAUCAAGAGAGCGUGGAAGAAUAUCUUGUGAAACACGAAGACAUUCUUAAUUGCCGAACGUGCCUCGACGAGAUAGACCCGGAAGGGGGCUAUCUCGUCACAGACGUACACCACGAGAAUAAAACUUUGAAAGAGAUGAUCGUUUACUGUAUCCCUCAAAUGACCUCGUCUCUCCUGGAUACUGAUCUAAUCUGCAGCAAGUGCUUGGAAAGCAUCAAAUUCUGUACGAGCUUCAUAGAAAACUGCUUGAAGGUAGAAGAGGAAAUGAAGGAAAACCACUUUUUGGAAAACGGUGAUGGCGACAACGUCGAGGAUUCUCACAAGAAUGGCGUGCCGGAAAUGUUCCGACACAUUCCACUGGACCAUAACUACAUACCAAAGACGUCAGACGACAUCGUACAGGAAACUUGUGUGAAGUACGAUCCAUUGACGAUGAAGCAUGAGUGUUUGAAAUGCGAAAGGACGUUUAAAACUAAGAACUAUCUACUUGAUCACAUCCGGCGGUUGCAUGGCUCAGGCGACAGGCCCGAGCCGAAGAAGAGGAAGACUUGCCCGUUCAACUGUGAUUUUUGCGAUAAAUCGUUUCUGACCAAGCUGGGGUACGACCUGCACCUGCUGCUCAGCCACCCCGACCAACUGGAGAAGAAGAAGGAGCCCGGCGGUUACACCUGCAAAGAUUGCGGGAAUCGUUUCGAGACUUUCAGCGGUCUCUCGGAACACAAGGCGAAAGAACACGGUUUCGCUUGCAAGAUUUGUUCGUUGAGAUUCGACACGAUGAGUGAACUGAACGCCCACUACGAUUCCCAUCCGAACGAGCACCUGUGCGAAGUGUGCGGCAAGGGCUUCAAGAGCAAAGCCAACCUGAAGGCCCACAUGCCCACCCACAAUGAUCCCAACACGCACCUGUGCCACAAGUGCGGACAGGGCUUUAAGUCGCACGUGUCGUUGAGCCUCCACCUCAAGCGUCACAACCCCGACCUGAAGUUCCAGUGCGACGAGUGCCCCUCGUCCUUCCAGAAGAGGUACAGGCUCGAGUUGCACAAGAAGGUGCGGCACUUGGGGAUACGGGAGUACAAGUGUACCGUUUGCAACAAGAGGUUCUGCUAUAAGUCCAACCUGAAGAGCCACUAUAAAUUGAAGCACUCGGAAGUAAAACCUUAUCAGUGUGAACGAUGCGGGAUACGUUUUGCCAGAUCGGACUAUCUGAGGAGGCACACCAGCUGCAGCGAGAAGUCGAAACAAAGGGAUUUUGCGUCACACAAGAGGAAAUAUCGGUACAAAAGGGGAGAUCUAGCUGUAAUCACGUGCAAGUUGUGCGGUAAGGUAUUCAAGGAUAUCCAGAUGCUUCGUUUGCACAUAAAAACCCACACGAAAGUCAGAAAGUAUAAAUGUAAGACGUGCAACUUGACGUUCACUACGAGCAAUAACAGGGACAGGCACGAGAAAGUGCAUGAACACUGCACGUUCAGGUGUGAAGUCUGCUUCAAAAGGAUGGAGACCCAGGAGGCCUUGGACGAUCACUGCGCUGUAACCCACGAGAAUUCCAAGAAAUACAAAUGUCAUGUCUGUGACGAGUUGUUCGGCAGGAAAUACCUUCUGCACAGUCACGUGGCGGAAAAGCACGGAGAUGUGGAGGAUUUUGAAAAGGAGAGGGAGGUUCUCUAUAAAGUCGUUAUGCAGGAUUAUUUGGUUGACGAGUGAAGUUCGUAGUUGCCUUUGUAUAAAUA